UUCGGCGCUGUCUUCCUGCCACAAUCGGGUGUAUCAGAGUCUUGCCAACCUAAUCCGCUGGGCCGACCAGGUGAUGCUGGACGGCAUCGACCUGGAGGACAAGGAAAAUGUGGCUUCAGUCACCAUCGUCAUCAAAGCAGUGCUGGACGGAGUAAAGGAGUUGGUGAAGCUGACCAUAGAGAAACAGGAGCAGCCGUCGCCCACCUCUCCUAACAAACCAGCACCACCUGCUACCACAGCAGAGAGCAGCGUGUCGUCAGAGAUGCCCUCGAUAGAUCGGGAGCAGGAGGUCUCCAGUAAGACGGCUCCAGCAGCUGCUCCUGCAGAGGCUGCCUCCGACGUCCAAGAUGAGGACGUCGCCCCUCCCAAACCCCCUCUACCUGAAGCCAAGAUGGCUGAACUCAGAGCACAGUUGAGUGCUGACGCUGGCCAAAGGAGACCCUCUCAGAAGGAGAAUCCCCCACCGGCUCUUCCUCCUAAGAAGCGUCAGUCUGCCCCCUCGCCCACACGAGUCGCAGUGGUCGCCCCAAUGAGCCGCGGCUCCAGUCUGCCCUGCAGCGUCCACAGACAGCAGCAGGACUACGAGCAGGAGUUCCUUCAGAGGCGUUUCUCCGGUGGGAGCCAGUCCUACGGGGGCGACUCUCCGCGCCUGUCUCCGUGCAGCAGCAUGGGCAAACUCAGCAAGUCGGACGAACAGCUCUCGUCCAUGGAGCAGGACAGCGGUCAGUGUUCUCGUAACACCAGCUGUGAGACGCUUGACAACACAGAGAAUUACGACCCAGACUAUGACUUCCUCCACCAGGACUUGUCGGUAGGGGAAAACCUUCCCCCAAUACCUGUAGGAGGAUGUCUGAGCCCCCUGCCCGAGUCUCACAGCGAGUCCUCAUCCCCGGUCCCCGGACAGCACCCCACACAUCCCCGCUUCAGCGCACCUCCGCCCCAGCAGCCACCGGAAUACUGGACCCCGCAGCCCAAUCAAACCAAUCCCCUACUGUCCCGCAUCAGUGCCCCCCCUGCCCUGCCCCAAAAGAAGCGACGCAGCACCCAGUCAUUGCCCUUCCCCGACGGAGGAUCCCGCGUGCUUUACGAGCGCUUCCCUUCCCAUUACGACAACCUGUCGGAAGAGGAGCUGCACCCGACGCCGCUUCCACUUCUCACGCCCAUCUCGCCCAUGCCUCAGACGAACGGGGGCGUGUUCGUCGCGCAGUACAUCGCCAGCGAGUGUGCGGAUGUCCCAUCAAGUCCACCGCCUCUGCCUGAGAAGAAAAGCAGACACAUCCUCCAGUACAUGCAGUUUGUCGAAGACUACUCGGAGCCCCAGCCCUCCGUCUUCUACCAGUUGCCGCAGAGCGAGAGCAUCUACGAGCAGCGCAACAAGCGCUUCCAGGAGGUCUACCGCUUCAACGACUCCUUCAGCAGCACCGACUCAGUCCACGAGCCGCUGCUGCCGCCGGCGCUGCCCCCGAAACAAAGGCAACUGGCCUCCCACACUUCCUCCCCCUCUUCUUCCUCUUCUUCCUCUCUCUCCUGCCACCUCCAGCCGUCUGUAGCGGCGAUGGAGGAGGCGGGCUCUGGGCUGGGCCUCAGCAUGUCCGUUUCUAACUCCUACCUGAUUGGACAGGCGUCUUUGACCACGCCCACGAGCUUGGACCAGGUUGCCUUGACCAAUGCCACCAAUCUGGAUGGCGGCGGGGGCGGGCCCAACGGUUUGCUGGCCGGCUCAGUGGGCUCUGUGGCUGUCUGUCUUCCUUCUGAGACCUCUCUCACUGACUCUCUCCACACCUCAGCGAGCGAGAGCGCGAAUGACGAGGGCGGGGAGGGGGAGUACGUCAACUUGUACUCGUCCAACCAGGCCAACGGGGAGCUGUCUCUCGCCCUCAGAGAAACGAUCACAGCUGACGAUGUGCUUCAAGACCCCGCCCCUCAGAUGCCAAACAGCAACAGCAAAGAGGCUUUGGACAAGGAGCGGCGGCAAAAGUCGACAGAGUCGGCCGGGAGCGACGAGGAAGACGUGGACGAGCUCUCUCUCAUAGAUCACAAGGAGAUCAUGAGCAGGAUAACAUUAAAACAAGAAAAUGAUGACGGCCCUGACGUCCGUGCUGGAUCAGGAGAUAUUCUAUUAGUGCACGCUACAGAAACAGACCGCAAAGAUCUCGUUUUGUACUGUGAAGCCUUUCUGACUACAUAUAGGACUUUUAUAACCCCCGAGGACCUCAUUAAGAAGCUACACUACAGAUACACCAGGUUCUGCCACAGUCCAGACACCUUCAAGAAGCGAGUCAGCAAGAACACGUUCUUUGUGCUGGUCCGAGUGGUGGAUGAGCUGUGUUUGGUGGAGCUGACGGACGACAUCUUGAAGCAGCUGAUGGACCUGGUGUUCACGCUGGUGUGCAACGGCGAGCUCAGCCUCGCCCGUGUGCUCCGCAAGAACAUCCUGGACAAGGUGGAGCAGAAGAAGCUGCUACGAUACACUAACUCCCUCAAGCCGCUCGCUGCCCGAGGUUUAUGUCUCCCUAACAGGCCGGGAACCCUGCAUGACUUCCGCAGUCACGAGAUUGCAGAUCAGCUCACUCUCCUUGACGCUGAGCUCUUCUAUAAAAUUGAGAUUCCUGAGGUGCUGCUUUGGGCCAAGGAGCAGAAUGAGGAGAAGAGUCCGAACCUGACUCAGUUCACAGAGCACUUUAAUAACAUGAGCUAUUGGGUCCGCUCUUUAAUAAUCCAGCAGGAGAAAGCUCAAGACAGAGAGAAGCUGCUUCUCAAGUUCAUCAAGAUAAUGAAGCACUUAAGAAAGUUGAAUAAUUUCAACUCCUACCUGGCUAUUUUGUCUGCCCUUGACUCCGCCCCCAUCAGGAGACUGGAGUGGCAGAAACAAACCUCAGAGGGAUUAGAGGAGUAUUGCACAUUGAUUGACAGCUCCUCCUCCUUCAGAGCGUACAGA